UUCUCCGCUCACCAUUUUUCCUCCUUUUGCGAGAUACAGAAAUGGUGUCGCUAAAGCUGCAGAAGCGGCUAUCCGCCAGCGUCCUCAAGUGCGGCAAGGGCAAGGUCUGGCUUGACCCUAAUGAAGUUAACGAAAUCUCCAUGGCUAAUUCUCGACAAAACAUUAGGAAACUGGUCAAGGAUGGUUUCAUUAUCAGGAAGCCCACAAAGAUUCAUUCACGAUCAAGGGCUCGUCGGAUGAAAGAGGCCAAGAGGAAGGGUCGACACUCUGGAUAUGGUAAAAGAAAGGGUACCAGGGAGGCAAGGCUGCCCACAAAAAUUCUUUGGAUGCGGAGAAUGAGAGUGCUAAGACGAUUGCUGAGGAAAUAUAGGGAAUCUAAGAAGAUUGACAAGCAUAUGUACCAUGACAUGUACAUGAGAGUGAAGGGUAAUGUUUUCAAGAACAAGCGUGUUCUCAUGGAGAGCAUCCACAAGUCUAAGGCUGAGAAGGCUAGGGAGAAGACACUGUCUGACCAGUUUGAGGCUAAGAGAGCUAAGAACAAAGCUAGCAGGGAAAGGAAGUUUGCAAGAAGAGAAGAACGACUAGCACAGGGACCGGGGGAGAAAGUAGCACCACCACCAGCUGCGGCCACUCCUGUCCCUACGUCUCAAGGUACUAAGAAGGCUAAGAAGUGAGAUGUCAGAUGACCGCUUAUGUGCUCGUGGUAGCGUUCUACGCUCUCUCAAUGGUUUUGUUAGUAUCACAACUAGUAUCUUAAAUCGUUUUAUCGUCAUCACAUAACUGUGAUUAUUGAUACACAACUUAUGUUUUGGUUGACCAAGUGUGCUCUUAUGUUUUCCUUUUACAGUUUAUUCUCUGGAAAGAUUGCUUUAUUUUCUUUGA